AUGGAGUCAUCAGUCCUCAUGAAUCUGCAUGAAGAGGUGACCUGCCCCAUCUGCCUGGAGCUCCUGACAGAACCCCUGAGCCUAGACUGUGGCCACAGCUUCUGCCAAGCCUGCAUCACUGUGAACAGCAAGACGUCCAUGGCCAGCUCAGAAGGGGAGAGCAGCUGUCCUAUAUGCCGGAUCAGAUACCAGCCUGACAACCUAAGGCCUAAUCGGCACCUGGCCAACAUAGUGGAGAGACUCAAGGUGGUCAAAGUGACCCUGGAGGAGCAGAAAAAAGAUGUCUGUAUGCGCCAUGGAGAAAAACUCCUGCUCUUCUGUGAGGAGGAUGGGAAAGUCAUUUGCUGGCUUUGUGAGCGGUCUCAGGAACACCACGGUCACCACACAUUCCUCAUGGAGGAAGUUGCCCAGCGGUACCAGGCUAAACUAAAGGCAGCUCUUGAAAGGCUGAGGAUGGAGCAGAAGAAAGCUGAAAAAAUGGGAGGUGACAUUAAAGGAGAGAAGGCUUUCUGGAAGAAUCAGAUACAGACUGAGAGAGAAAAUGUCCAAACAGCUUUUAAUCAACUGAGAAGUUUCCUGGACAGUGAAGAAGAGAAGGAGCUACAAAAACUACAGAAAGAGGAGGAGAGUGUUCUGAGUAACCUAGCAGAGGGUGAGAAUGAACUGGCCCAGCAGAACCAGCUGAUGGAAGAGCUCAUCUCUGAUCUGGAACAUCGAUUACAGGUGUCACCAAUAGCGAUGCUGCAGGAUGUGACCGACAUCAUAAAAAGGAGUGAGACCUUCACCGCGAAGAGGUCAAAAACUUUUCCCAAGAAACAAAGGAGAGUAUUCCAAGCUCCAGAACUGAAGAACAUGCUGCUAAUGUUUAGAGAGCUGAAAAAUGCCCAACGCUACUCAGGUAAGGAGAAAUCACAGAAUUUUCAGUCUACCCCAUUCUUGUCACCUGUCAUAAUUGUCCCGUUUUCGAAUGUUGCCAUUUCAUACGAUGGAAGACAAGCAAGAAUUGUACCUAAAUCUUGGUAUGAUAAUAAUGGUGAUUAUGGUGUCAUGGGCUGCCUGUAUAUUAGAUCAGGGAAACACUACUGGGAAGUGGAUGUAUCUGGGAAAAGUGCCUGGGUCCUGGGGGUAUAUGAUUACAAAAUUACUGAAUCCCCUACAAAAUCAGGUGCAUUUCAAAAUGAUUACUCCAAAUAUCAACCUCAGAAUGGCUACUGGGUUAUAGGUUUACAGAAUCAAUCUGAGUACAGAGCUUUUGAGAACUCUUCUUCCAUUAAUCCCCAAGUUUUGUUCCUUUCUCUAACUGUUCCUCCCCGUUGUGUUGGUGUUUUCCUAGACUAUGAGUCUCGUACAGUCUCAUUUUUCAAUGUCACAAACCCAGGGUUCAUCUACAAAUUCUCUAAGUGUUCUUUUCCUGAGACUGUUUGUCCUUAUUUCCAUCCAAUGAAAUGUAAAGUUCCCAUGUCCCUGUGCUCACCUAGCUCCUGA